AUGGAGGAGACACCAUACACUUGCCGACAAACACUGAAAACGUCCGCGCCGAUCUCAUGUCUUGCCGAAGGAUCAUCGGAUCAUUUCUUUGCAGGCUCAGAUGACGGAUCUGUUCGCGUAUAUAAUCAAGAGACUUUGAAGGUCGUGAAGGCUAUCAGAGGUUUGGGAGAAGUGUCGUCCGUUGUAUGCAUGUCACACAAUGCAGGUGGCCUCGGGGACAUGUGGGUCGCGUCCAAUCGUCACGCUCUACAUUUUGCUAUGGACACGGAAAAGAUGAUCCUUGAGAAGGCUGACGCGACCUUGACGUUGGAACUUGCCAGCUCUCGCUCAACCAAAAAAAACAAUCAACUGGCAUUUUGUCUGGACUCUGGUACGAUCGGCGUCGUUGAUCUUUCUACGAAACAAGUAUCACGCAUGAAAACAAGUCAUGAUAAUAUAUGUGGAACGGUGAAGUUCAUUCCCGAUCGUCCCAGUGAACUUGUCAGCGGUGGAUACGACUCUAAGCUGCUGCAUCAUGAUUUUCACCAAAAGACUGUAUUGUCACGAUUCGAUUUAGGGAUGUCUCCUCUGUCCGAGUCUUCAGGUGUUUCAAUGUCUCCGCCAUUCAUAUUGUCGUCUGCCAUGUCACCAUCUGGCAUCUUGGCUGCGGGAACCGCCGACGGGCGGGUAUGGAUUGGUCCCGGCGGAGAGAAAAUGUCAGGAGUGUCAUCUGGCACAUCUAUCAAAAAGAAACGGCGGAAGUGGGAAGGAUUGAAGCAAGAUGAAGCCUUCACGGCGGAUGUCGGGCACGGCCCUAUCACUGCUCUGACAUUCAUUGGGCCUCGCACGCUUUUCACAUCCACAUUGAUGGGAAAAGUCACCCUCCAUGAAAUUGGUAGCCCAACUGCGGAUGGAAAGUUGGAUAUAUCUCCGAAGUGGAUGAGGGAAACAACUGAUGUGAAUAAGGUUAAUGCGAUCAUUGCCAUAGGGGGCUUGAUCAUCAUCGGUGGGUUGAGUGAGAGGGGAGGAGGCAUGAUAGAGGUUUGGGAGAAGGGUUUAAAGUCGGGUGAUGUAUGAAUACUUGACUGAGUUACUGUAGGCUCGCUGUCGAAUCGCUGGCAGCGUUGCCAGACUCUACUGCCCAGUACCAGGGCGAGGAGCUUCCAGCACGCGAUUGUCCCAUGACUACGACGCUGCUGUGGUGCUCACUAGACUACUGAACCACCACGCGACGCGAUGAUGAAGGAUCCUUCAAUCAAUGGGCCCUUAACCGACAUUGACCUAUUGUCUCGCGUUGUCAACCUGUGCUUGAACCCUUUAAUGCAGCAAGUCGAUCUGAAAGAUAGGCAAUCAGGAUCCCCUACCUCACGGUCAGCACGACAGAA